AUGCCGACCUGUGGCCGCGUGUCGCGCCAGUCGCUGCGCCACGGCGGCCUCGACCGCGAGUAUUUGUACCUCCUGCCCCGCGUCGCGUGCGGCGGCGGCAAAGCCGACGGCGAGGCUCACCAGACGCUCUCCGCCCUGCGCCUUCCUCUCCUCGUCCUCGUGCACUGCUUCGGCUGCAGCGCGAGGGACGAGCUCGGAAAGUUUGCUGCUGCAGCCGAGGCCGCCUCGUUCGCGCUGCUGGCGCCUGAGGGGAUGUGGAGCUCCUGGAACGCGCCCUCCUGCUGCGGCGAAGCAAAGGCGAACAAGCUCGACGACUUUGGGUUUCUCGACGCGGUCGUCACUGACGCGGCCGCCUCGCUCCCUGUCGCGCGCGGCGCCCUCUUUGGCUCGCGAUGCCCAGAUGCGGACGCCACAUCCCGCCGCUCACUCGGAGGCUGUCACACGGCGCCUAGAAACCAGACGUGGCGGGCUGGUGGGUGUGUCGGUAAGAGGACUGAUGCAGCGGUGGUCGCUCGCGGACGAGGCUUCUCAAUCUUCCCAAGCGACGAGGCGCGGCAGAAGCUCUGCUCUUGGAUCGGCUCCGCCACCACCACGCUCGAGUGCUGCGUCUUCGUCAUCUCGGACGCGCGCGUGGCCGCUGAGCUCAAGGAGGCGGCCGCGCGCGGGGUCGCGGUGCGGCUGAUUACCGACGACAAGACUGCGCUCGACGGCGGCUCGCAGGUCUUCGGCAUGGCGUCUGCCGGCGUCGAGACGCUCGUCGACCCGGACUACGAGCUCAAGAGCGGCGCGGCGCCCGUGCCGCGCCACAUGCACCACAAAUACGCCAUCGUGGACGGGCGGGUGUUGCUGUGCGGCUCGUACAACUGGUCGUACUCGGCCUCGGCGCGCAACAACGAGAAUUGCGUCGUCACAGAGGACGUCUACCUGGUCGCCAAGUACAGCGCCGAGUUCGAGCGCCUCUGGAGGGAGUUCAAGGCGGCCGCGCCCCUCUCGCAGCAGCAGGCCGCCAUCCGCAUCCAGCAGAUCGAGAGGGGCAACCGCGAGCGGCGCAGGUUCGCCGCGAUGGCGCGGAGCCACCGCGCGGCCAACGUGUUUGACGUUGCGCGCAGCGCGAUGGACAUUGCAUCGCCGGGGAACCGCAAGCGCGGCCGCGGCUGA